AUGAUUGUGCACAGUGGUCAGGUCUUUGGCAACUUGCUAUCGUCGUUUAUUAUGACUGCGGCAAUGAAAACGCCGCAGCCACUCGACCAAGUUUAUAAGACCUGUGGUCACGCGUUUCCGACGAACCUUUCGGAACUUUCUGAAAUUGCCGCGCAAAAUCUUGAGCGACCAAAUCAUCGAGUCUAUCUCUCAGUAUGCUUGACCUAUCUAGCAUGUGCCAUCGUUGCAGUAAUGAUCGUGUCGAUGUUCCUAAAUGCUUUGCACAAAGAUAUUGUUAACAGAGGCAAGGCUCCAAUAUUCGAUGCCCCAAUUUUGAAACAAACACUGUUGAACUGUCGGAAUCCAAAGAUCAUGCUGCUGGUACCCCUUACGGUUUUCAACGGUGUCGAACAGGCAUUUGUAAUUGGCAUUUUCACUAAGGCAUUCGUUGGAUGCGGUCUGGGUGUACCACAAAUAGGAUUCGUUUGCACUGCAUUUGGCAUAUCGGAUGCAAUUUGCAGUCUAGUUUUUGGUCCACUGAUCAAGCUAUUCGGUCGAAUGCCGUUGUUUGUAUUUGGAGCUGUGAACAACAUGCUGAUGAUAGUGACACUGAUGGUACGGAAUGAGCUUUCCUUGUCCUUUCGACUUUUCGAAUCGAGAGAACUUCUACCUGUUAUACAGCCAGGUGCUCUAGUAGUCUAA